AUUGCAGUUGAAUUAAUACGCGGUUUGUUGCGAUGAAAACGAGGAAGUACGAUUUUGUGGAGCGAUGAAUAAUUCAAACGCGUUGAAUAAAUCAAUUUUGAAAUACAACAAAAAAAAACACUGACACUUUCUGUUUUGUUUUGAAGCUUCGGCAUGGAGUUUAGAUUAUCAUGGAUGUUGACGGAAUUUUGCUUCCUCGUCUGUUGCAUUUCGUUUGCAAAAUGUGGGAUUUUGUACCCGCAAGAGUCCGAGACGAGGGAGGUGAAGAGUCUGGAUGGAUUGUGGAAUUUCGCUGUUUCAUCGUACUACAAUAAAUUGAUCGGGUUUUCGGAGCAUUGGUACAAAAAGGACAUAUCGAAAUUGGAGCAUAUUGAGAGCAUGCUGAUGCCUGUGCCAUCGAGUUACAACGAUAUAACGCAAAACGCAGACAUCAGAGAUCACGUCGGAUUGGUUUGGUAUCAAAGAGCGUUCUUCGUACCAAAAUCUUGGAUGUACCAAGGAGUAUGGUUGAGAUUCGGCUCAGUGUCUUACGCAGCGCAAGUGUGGAUCAACGGUAAUUACACUAUGAACCACGAGAUCGGGCAUCUGCCUUUCGAGAAGGAGAUUUCCAGAUUCAUCAAAUUCGGUGAAGAGAAUUAUGUGACUGUCGCCUGCGACAACACUCUGUUACCAGACACGAUUCCUCAAGGCUCCUUGCGAGAAGUCCAGACAGAGAAUGGCAAAAAGUUGAUGCAGUCCUACAGCUUCGAUUUCUUCAAUUACGCGGGAAUCCAUAGACCGGUUACUUUGUACGCAAAACCUCACAGCUUUAUAUCAGACAUAACAGUGAUUACGGAUGUGGACGACGAUGAAGAGACCGGCAUCGUGAAUUACAACAUUAGCUACGCUUCUAACAUCGAUUUGUUAGUAAACGUGACUCUUCUGGAUGCAAGUGGUAAUACUGUUGCCAGCGAUGAUGGUCUGGGUUACAAUGAAGGCGCUCUUUACGUGCGAUUCGCUAAACUUUGGUGGCCUUACUUGAUGCAUCCAGAACCAGGAUACUUGUACACUCUUCUCGUGCAACUGCUGACGCCUCAAGGAGAAUUGAAGGAUGUUUAUCGUCAGAAAAUUGGGAUCAGGAAGAUCACCUGGACGAACACCAGUCUCUUGAUGAACGGAAAACCGUUGUAUCUGCAAGGUUUCGGCAAACACGAGGACGCUGAUAUCAGAGGAAAAGGUUUAGAUUUACCGACGAUCAUGAAGGAUUACAACUUGAUCAAAUGGAUUGGUGGAAAUGCUUUCCGCACUUCUCACUAUCCUUACGCCGAAGAGAUCAUGGAUUUGGCGGAUAAAUUCGGGAUUAUGGUUAUAGAUGAAUGCCCGAGCGUUGAUACAGAACUCUUCUCUUUAUCUUUGUUGGAGAAGCAUAAGAAAUCAUUGACAGAAUUAAUAAAACGCGACAAAAAUAGACCUAGCGUUAUAGCUUGGUCCAUAGCGAACGAACCGAGAACCCAAUCCGAGCAAGCUGGAAUCUAUUUCGGGGAAGUGGCCAAUCAUACAAGGAACUUAGACUCAACUAGACCAAUCACUUUAGCUGUAGCCCGAGGAGUCUACGAAGAUAAAUCCGGAGAACAUCUUGAUUUCAUCAGCUUCAACCGAUACAACGCUUGGUACAGCAACGGAGGUCAACUGGACAUGAUCCAGAAUUACGUGAUCAGCGAAGCCUCGGCUUGGCACGAGAAGUACAAUAAGCCAGUUUUGAUGUCGGAAUACGGAGGAGACACCAUGCCCGGUCUUCACAUACAUCCAGCUUACAUUUGGUCCGAAGAAUACCAAGUGCAAUUACUCUCCAAGCAUUUCCAGGCCUUCGAUCAUCUGAGGAGGCAGGAAUGGUUCAUCGGGGAAUUCAUAUGGAACUUCGCCGACUUCAAAACCGCUCAAACUUAUACAAGGGUUGGAGGAAACAGGAAAGGCUUGUUCACGAGGACGAGACAACCAAAGACUGCCGCUUUUCAUGUGCGGAAACGCUACAUGCAUUUAGCAAAUCAAAUGUACAAUUCGACGCUGCCUGAAGACCUGUACGAUUACGUAGCUCCAUCUACCUAUCAUCACGAUGAACUUUAGACUUAGAUAAAUUUGUACAGGCCUU